AUGCCAGGGGAUAAAGCUAAAAGCAAGGAACUCCUAAAUAAGUUGGUUGCAAAGCAGAAAGGCACAGCAUUCACCGGGGGUUACCGAAGAUACACCCCGGAAGAAAAUCCGCAAAAUGCCUAUCUUUACCGGCAGCAAAAACAGAAAGAGGAUGCUAAGAAAAAAGUACGCUCAGAGUUGAUUAAGGAACUGGAAAUACGGAUGGAAGAGGCAGAAUAUCGCCAUACUAGCGAGGUUGUGUGCUACUUUCCGGUAAUCGUUCCUUUAGCUAAGGAUGCUUUAGUCAAGUUUCUAACGGUGCUACUGGAACUAAGAGAUCCCUUCCCUCAUAACUAG